AUGAACUUGAUAGCGAUGAACGACAAGGAUGAGAUCUAUGAGGAUCCUGAGUCUACUGAGGUUGAUGAGAGCGAGGACACGGAUGAUACGGGAGCGAGUGUGGAGGCAGCAGUGAAGCAGGAAGAAGAGAUAGUCACCAUGGAGGCAGCAGCGGUGAAUGAUGGAGAUGGAGAUGGUGUCAACACUUUUGCAGCAGCGGUCGUGGUUAAAGAUGAAGGAGUAAAUGCGAAGUGUGUGGGAGUUGAAGCUGUGAAAGGGGGCAUCAUGGUGAAGGGAUCAACGGCGAAUGCAACUGCAAAGGGGCGAGUGCUUAUGAAAGAGGAACACGUUGAGGGGUACAAGACCCGAGAGGUGUUGGGUGCUAAGAUUCCGAGGAGAAGCGAGAGGCUUAAGAAGAUGCCUCAUGGUUUGGAUAUCAAGGCGCUCAACUUCAAGACACGUAAGCAGAGAAUGGCGGCCAAUGACGCGUUGCCAGCUGUCCUGGUGGUGAACGACGACGGGAUCGAGGCUCCGGGAAUCAAGGCGCUCGUGGCGGUGCUCGGCUCGGCUGGCUUCUGCCGCGUCUUCGUGUGCGCGCCUGACGUGGAGAGGUCAGCGUGUGCGCAGUCUAUCACCAUCCGGGAGACGCUCGAGGCGAAUCUGGUGGAGGACUAUGAGGGCGCUGCUGUGGCAUACUCGCUCACAGGCACACCGGCAGACUGUGCGUCUAUGGGACUUUCUGGCCAGCUCUUCAAGGGCAUCAAGCCCCUCCUGGUCAUCAGCGGUAUCAACAAGGGUGCCAACACAGGCCGCCAAGUCAUCUAUUCCGGCACGGUGGCAGGAGCAAGGGAGGCCGUCAUUCAGGGCGCUCCAGGCAUCUCCAUCUCCCUCGACUGGACCGCUGCAAGCACUGACGCCCUCUUUUCUCCUGCCGCUGCCACGUGUCUUCCUCUCAUUCGCUGCGUUCUCGAGGCAGCAACCACUGGUCAGCUAUCCAGCAGCGGGGGGGACCCGCUGCUGCUGAAUGUGAACGUGCCCCUUGACCCCGUCAAGCCCAAGGUGUGUGCUGCACCUGAGGCACGUGGGGGGGACCCUCUGCUGCUGAACGUCAACGUGCCUCUCGACCCUGUCAAGUCCGAGGGCUUCAAACUCGCCCAGCAAGGCCAGGGACGGGUGGCCUUUUCCUGGACGCACAUUGCCAAGAAGCGCACCGGAGUGCAGCUGGCAGGGAUGAGUGGUGCUCUGAAUAUCCCUUUGCUACUCGUUCCUCCAUCCUCUAUCCUCCAUUCCCGUAAUCCCCAACAGGGCUUCAAGCUGGCCCAGCAGGGCCAUGGGAGGGUGGCCUUCCCCAUGCACAUCGCCAAGAAGCGCACCGGUCACGCGAGGGUGGCCUUCCCCUGGACGCACAUCGCCAAGAAGCGCACCGGAGUGCAGCUCGCAGGCAUGGGGGGAGCAGCGGCAGGGGGCAGGGGACUUUCGGGCAUGAUGGGGGGACGGGGGCUGCCGGGGAUGAUGGGAGGGAGGGGGCUGCCUGGUAUGGUGGGAGGGAGGGGCCUCCCGGGCAUGACUGGGCCCCCCGCGGUGUCGCUGGCUGAAAUCGGAUCGGUUGCCUCUGCUGCUGUGAGUGCUCAUCCCUAUGCUUAUGAGGGCGCAGCGCGGUCCAAGACUCCUGGCGAGGAGAGCAAGGAGGAUGGUGGGGACGAGCCGUGGCAGCCGAUGCAUAAGAUGCACUUCAGGCACGAGCCGAGUGGGUGGGACGUUCUGGACAAGGACCCCGCCUUUGACUCCGCUGCUCUCGCACUCGGCUAUGUGACAGUCACGCCGCUCGCCAUCACUGCAUCCAUCGACAUCCAACCUCGGCUCAAUGAGGACCUGGCAUGGCUCGCACCGCUGCUGCCGCACGAUGCCUGA